AUGGUCUUCCGUCGUUCCCACCGUAAGUCCCGCCACGGGUGCAGCAACUGUAAGCGGCGACGAGUCAAGGUAUGGGCAGUAUCCUCUGAAUUAGAGCAUCAUAUCAACUUACAAGCACAGUGUGAUGAAGGACGACCAACAUGCGCCAACUGCGACCAAAGACAUGACACAUGCAUCUAUACUACCCCAGGUCCAUACACAUUCGCAGAAGAUACAGAGAAGGCUCCCCGAAGGUCACGCAGUCAAAAACCAUCAGAGCCGGAAUCGGCCGGACCCGAUAUCUCCAGUGUCCAGAAUCAUUUGGAUGCCGUGACAAGCAGCUCGACUUCACCAUCAUUAGACAUGAAGCAACUCGAGCUAAUGAUGCAAUGGAUCAAUCACACCCACAGACUCCUCGCUCGCAACGAGGAAACAAGAAAGAUCUGGGAAAUGCCAGUCCUGCAAGAUGCGCUCCAAGCUCCAUUCCUAAUGCACGGGAUUCUCGCCUUCUCUGCCCUCCAUUUAUCAGAACUUUCAGCGUCCAAGUCCAACAACCGUGCUUCUGAAUGGUUGAAUACUGCGAUCGCCCACAAGAACACCGCCUUAUCAAUGUUCUCAGAGCAGCUGUCGAAUAUUAGCCAAGUCAACGUGAAAGCGAUGGUGAGCUUUGCCAGUCUGGCGGUUGUAUUUAGCUUCGCGAGUGCGCGAAAUUUUGGACCGUCCCAGCAAGAGGGACCCAGUCUGGAUGCCCUGAUACAUAUCUUCACCUUAACGCGUGGUGUCCAGCAGGUUGUGAAUGCGGAAACGGCCUUUCUAUUUGCAAGCAACCUCGGCCCCCUAUUCAACAUCAAACCUCCAGAUACGCCUAUGCCAGCGCAAUUUCAAAGUGCGUUUCAACGGUUAGAGAAAUUGAAUUUUGACUGUUCUCACCAAUCGACCGCUCAUGACAUGGCUCCUUAUGAACUAGCCAUUACCCGUCUGCGCCAGCUGGCGCCUUUUACCUUUGCCGAGCCGACGUCGCUGACUUUAGUUGGUGGAUUUGCGAUCCGGGCGCCUGAGGAGUUUAUGGAGGACUUGAAAAAUAGUCGUCCGUUCGCACUCGUGGUGUUGGCUCAUUACUGUGUAUUUUUGCACAUGGCGCGGGAGAAUUGGUGCGUGGGUCCGUGGGGGUCUAUCGUUUUGCGAGAAAUAUCGCAGAUUUUGGCUCCAGAAUGGCGUCCUCAUAUUGAAUGGGCUUUGGAGCAGGUCUCCUAG